ACACCUACGUGUGCUCCUCUGCUCCAGGAAGACUCAAAAAGCACCCRAUUCUCACCCUGGAGAGAGCUCUGAGACCUGCAGAAGCACCAGAUUUAUCCCAGCUACUAAAAGGAAUUGCUCUUUGGGGACUCUCAGAUUUAAUACUCUGAGCACCAUGCUGUCCUUCCCUAUGCUCACCCGUCCUCUGAGCUGGUAGGUGCAGGGAGCAGUGCUCGCAUUCUGGGCCUUGAGAGCCACCUGGUGGAACACAAGGUCCAAAAAGACCUUCAUAAGCUUAAAAAUAAUGUGAGAAAAAUCAACUUGAAAGGAAAAAUAGAAGCUGAGGAUAUGACCAACUUGGAAGCAGCAAUUGAAAGAACUGAAUUUGGACUGAGAAAACAUGCUGAAAAUUAUUUAAAUGCUAUAAACAACCAAGUGUUAACUAUACCUUCUACUGAUACAAGAGAGCGUUCAAAGCUGCAUCCUAAAUGGGAGUUUCCUUUUGGCGCUUCUCCGAAACAAGUUAUUUUGCCACGAAUACCUAUGGACCCCCUGACCAUCCAGGAAUGCAACAGACCAGCACUACAUCUCUCUCAAGGUUCACAGCAGCAUCUGGAAAUGAAUGUGAAAAUUAUGCUUGACCCAGAGAACAUCGGUGCUAAAGCUGCUCCCAAGCAGGACAGUGGGAACAGGCUGCCACUUAUAACUAAGAAAAAACCUGCUCCAAUGUGUAAUCAGAAGAUAGUGAAGGGUUGCACAGUUAGCAACCUUUGGGUUUUGCCUGCCUUUCACCACAUGGAUUCUCCUUUACCCUUGCUUGAAGAUGAUAUAAAGAAAGGUAUUCUGAGCCUGACUGAAAGGAGGCUGAUCCCUCCAGCAGCAAAGAUAACCCUGCAGUCAUCUCCUGUUGUGUCUAAACCAGCUCCUCUCCAUGAAUUUCACGAGCAGCACAAGAAGUCAGUUGCAGGAGAGAUUAGUAGAGUGGACUCUAAGAAUACAGCCAUUUUCGCCUUUGCAAAAUCAAAGAAAACCCUUGAUGACACAUGUUCCUCUACCAAAGAUCACACUGCACCAGCUCCAGGUCCAUCCAGGAAAUCAGCAGUGUGGAGACAUCCAGCUCAGCAGCUGGAAUCUGAGCUGCAGGCUCCCUGUCAACCUCAGGCCCCGAGAACGUCUCCAUGCCAGCCCUUAAAGAAACUACACUUGGGUUGCAGUAUUGUUGUUUGCAAUGGCAUUAUAGAUCAGCAAGACCCAGACUUUGUGGCGUUCAAGCAACACUAUUGUUUAUCCUGGGGGCCCAUUGUCUUCUUCUUGGAGCACACAGAGAAGCUCCUCAAGGACUACGCCGUGCCAGUGGCCACCAUCAACUGCACAAAGCUGGCGGAAGUCGCGUCYGACUUUGAGCUCAACGAGAAUCCCACCAAAAAUGACAUUCUCUCAGUGAUGAAGAAUCAGUCAGUUGUGAAAGAGGUCUUAAAUCGACCUGGCCAAAGAUACAAAGGCCAAGGUGGUACUGAAAUGGCUGCUGCAAAGAUCCAGGCAACGUGGCGCUGCUUUCGGGCCAGAAAAGCCUAUGUGCGUUUCCGGCGGCAGCAGUGGGCAUCAGGUGUGAUUGCCAUCUCUUGGCUCUUGCAUAAUCACAUGGCACGUGUGAAAAAGAGCCUGCAGGAAUCACGUCAGAGACACCUGGAGAAUUUUUACAUCAGGGCCAAGCAUCUGGCAGCCAACUGGAAUCGCAUCAGGACCUCCAGGAGGACUAUUAUCCAUAUCCCAUCAUUAGGGUAUCCCCAGAGCAUCCGUGAGCAUAUUCCUGAUCUUGCUCUUCAGCAGAAUUUGCAGAUGGGAAGGCUGUGUGACAUACUGGAUGCCAACGUGGACGUCAUCUACAUCUGCCCCCUUCAUCUGAGUGAGGAGUUACUGCAGUAUUACAAUAAACUCCUGGGUCUGCAGGCAGCUGUUAGAUCUGGGAACCCUGAGGACAUGGGUGACCUGCAGGACAGGUUCAAAAUUCUCACCCCUGAAGCUAUAAACAGCUUCCCUAGCCAUCACAUGUGCCUCGCCACGCAGCUCAAGUACAGUCCCAAGACGAUCAGAAAAAUAAAACUUCUCCUGCAGGGCAGGGAUGCCUACAUCAUCGGAGGGGUGCCCCACCAGGACGACCUGGCAGUGGCCGACAUGCUGAACGUGCCUAUAUUGGGCUCGGCUCCAGAAGUCGCCCGCCUCUACGGCAGCAAGUCGGGAAGCAAACGGGUCUUCGACAGUGCUCGUGUGCCGACUCCUCCGGGAGAAUCCGACAUCUACAGCACGGAGCAGAUGAUUCAGAGCCUCAGCCAGCUGAUCGUGGACAACAUGGAAGUGCAGCGCUGGUUGUUCAAAGCCAACGAUGAACGUGGAGGUGAUGGCACUGCCUUCUGUGACGUUAUCUCGCACUUGAGAUGCUACCCCUGGCUGCACAAGGAGCGGCAGAGACACGGCCCGGACACCUGGAGCUGUAAGUGGGCCCACGAGCCAGCUUUGGCGAAGAUCUCCCAGGAGCUGCCGGGCCUUUUAGCACAGCACGUACAGCCAGUCAAUGAGAAACGAUUCCCUACAUGGGAAAAAUUCCUCCAAACAUUUCUUAGUCAAGGUGGUGUGAUAGAAGCCUUCCCGCUCUCUGAAAACGUCACAAACCUCACAGUGGAUAUGCUGAUAGAACCAACAGGCAACAUAAAARUCGUGUCAUCUGGAGACCAGCUCCAUGCUGACGGUCCUCUGCGCUCAUCUGGCACUACCAUUCCGCAAUGCUCUGUUGAUCCAGCGGUCCUUAAUUCCCUGUGCUUAAAAAUUGGAGAGACCUGCMAGUCCAAAGGAGUGCUCGGUUACUUUUCCAUUGACUUUGUGACUUUCAUCCAUCCACAAACACUGGAGCAGCAGGUGUGGGCAACAGACCUUGACCUUUGCUAUAGUGACCAGCUGGCCUUGACUCAGCUCAUGUUGUAUGUGACAGAUGGAAACCUGGAUUGUCACUCUAGCCUCUUUCAAGUGCCACUGGGAUCAAAGAAAAUAAGAAGCCAUCAUAUUAAGCAGGAAGAGACGCAAACUCUUUGCCGCGGACGCAGGCGCUGCGCGGUCGCCAGCAGCCACCUGAGGCACUCCAACCUGUCCGUGAUCUACUAUAACGUUCUCCUCCAGAUGUGCAAAGCUCAUGGUGUCGGCUUUGACCUCCAGGAAAAGCAGGGAACGGUUCUGCUGCUGUACGAAGAGGAGAAGCGAGGCCAGCUGGGCAUGGUAACAAUCGGAGAGGAUCUCCAGGGGGUCCUCAUGACCUUUGCUCGCAAUCUCUUCAUCAUUCAUCAAGAAAUAUCAGCACCUAAUAUGCAAGGCGAGACCAAUUUUAAGAUGGCAAUUCGAGAUAUUGAAGCAAUUCUAGGAAUUACAGCGGAAAACAAACUGAAAUUGGAAGAGGAGCAACCUUCUGCAGCAGAUGCUCUGGAAGAAUAGUUAACAGAAAACAUUUAARUGCCAUCUUCUUUAUGUUUCUAGAAGCAAACUCUCAUCUGUAAGAACAGGUUUGGUUUCCCUUUGUACUGUGAAUUAAUAUGAACUGAGAUAGGAUAUACAACCRAUAUCUGAGUUUAUUUUUUAGUAGAACAAUACUUAUUCACAAAAAGAAUCUGGUGAAAAGCAGAGGAUCAUAAUAAAUGUCCGUGAUGUUCGUAUUGUGAAAAGCGAGGCACAAUAUCUAUUUUAAAAAUCUUAUUAAUGGAAUGAUAGCCUCAAUCUGCUCUGACC